AUGGAGCUUAUCAUUGGCCCGGCGCGGGCGGUGUUUGAUGCGGCGCGAAGAGGUCCGGAGAGGAUGGAGUGGGUAACCCCAAUGGACGUUCUGAUGGCGGUUUUCGACACCCCGGCCGACUGCCAGGAGGCGUUGCGUUGCUUCAGGGCGAUGCGUCUCGGAGUUGGCCUGGAUCCCCGUUCGCGUGCCAUGACUCUGCACGGCCUGUUGAAUCGAGCGCUCCCGACGGUGAACGAAAUCACGCUUUCGGAACCACUGCUCGGUCGUUUUAGGGAGAUCCUGCCGGAAGAUUUGCGGAGAUAG